UUCGAGGUAGAAAUCAGAACGUUAUGUAUAUAGAUCGUGAAUCUGAUAUGGAAAUCAUGAAAAGUAGAACUUGGAAGAAUCGCAGAAGUGCUUUGAUGGGGUGAACAUGCAGGAAGCAUCUCUACCCAUCAAUUCUCGUUCCUGUCCCAUUCGCCUCAAACCUUCAAGAAGCUCUCCAUGUUGCUAGAAACUGAGGAGCAAGAAGGGAGUCGGGCUCGGAAGAAGUGUUAGACAUGGCUCCUCUGGUAUCGCGCUCAGAAUUCGAUCAUCACACUACGCUCUGCCUUACUCGCGAGGUUAAGGAACUUCUCGUACAAUUCUGCCCUCAAGUCGAAAAUCCUUCUCACCCAAACCAACCGGAACCAUGCCGCCCGGAAAUGGAGGAUCGAGAUGAGUUCGAAGGAUCUAACGUGAGAACCCUUCCUUCUUUCUUGUAUUUUAACCACCUAAUCCCUCCAGGCACACCCCCUAAUUCCUCCAGGCACACACCCCCUCUUAGCGCUUCACCACCUUCUGAUUGGCUCGGAGCAGUGCGGAGGAAGCUCCGGGCAUUCACUUUUACGUCUCUCUACACGUGACGCUAUACGCAAGGCCGUAUGUGAUGCUAUACGCGAGGCCGUACAUGAUGCUAUACACGAGCUCACGUACAGCUAUAUAGCUAUGCCGAUUCGUAUAGCCUCACAUAUAGCCUCAGGUACGAGCUCAGGUACGAGCUCACGUAGUCUAAUAGCAUGCCAAACCUGCCAAAAC